UUACCAUUUGGAAGAGUUGGCGUUGUCAUAGCAACACCAAAGUCAAAGAGUGAUCACAAGAAGCCAACAUGGCGGCUGCCGCAAGUUCUUUGAGGCCUAUGCCUCUUCUACGGCGCCCUUUGCCGCCAAAACAACUACCAACUCCGCCUAAAUCCGUGUCUCCGGUACCUCCCAUAACCUGCGAGAAUCAAGAGUCAGGGCACCGUCCCCAAUCACCAGUAACUUCCUACUCUGGAAAAGUCAAGCCGAAACCUUUCUCUCCCCUGCGAGGGAGAAAGCUGUACCACGGGGAUGUCCCUUUGCCAGAUACUUCUGUUGUGCAGCCUUACAAGCCUCGUGGACCCGAUGGAUUACCUGCGAGAGCUCCUAGGAAAAUCAGAGAAUAUCCACCAGACGUUCUCAUUAAAGAUUUAUACGAAAGACCGCCUCCUACAUUCACACUCAAGAACUUUCUGCAGCGCUUGCCUUCUAGAUGUGACGAGGAUUCCUUCGAGACGAUGGUAUCAGAACAAAACUACGAGAAGCUAACGAGCUGGUUUGCCGCCAAUCGACCCAGGCAGGGUCACCUACACAAUUUGGAAAUUGAAAGAGGCGUUGAAAUGCCAGAUGUUACCCCAAGAAAACCUCCUAGACAAGUUUCAAUUGAAAUGAGAGUUCCUGACUUAGGAAUGGAAACCAAUCUAGAGGCAAUGAAAGACCAGGAGGUUUACAACAAAAAAGUCAACAAGACCCAACCAGUAACUCCUGCAACAUCUAAACACACUAUUCCAUCAAGACAAAUACAAAGACCAUUGCCUCCAAUACAGCCAAAAACAAUGUAUGACACAAGUAGGGACAGUGCUGAACAACCAGGGGCCGAUAAUACACAUACCCCAGAGUCUGCAAAGACUAUCCAGACAGUCGCUCAACCAACAGUCACAGAGUUAAUUGCCCCUGAAGGGCCAAGGACUCAAAGUCAAGCUAAGCAGGAUGCUGAACUUAGAAGUUCUCUCAGGAAACAACAAGAGAUCAGAAAAAAUGCUGAUGGUUCAGGUAGAGAGAGGAUAAAGACACCACAAACUGCACACAGUGAUGCUCACUAUCAAGCAGAACUCAUGAUGAAAGAAAAAGCACUCACAUUUGAAGAUUGGCCAGAGGUGAUUGCCUACCAAGAAACUAAUAUCAUCCUGCCAAGCUCUGCCCCAGCUUUCUUUCAAGGGGAGGCUAUACCUAGAACUGCGUCUCCAUUUGUGAGUGCAGAAGAUUAUUCAGAUCAGGUGACUCCUUUAGAAGCUGUCAUUCUCAAUGCCAUAGUGACCGAGUCUGCUGUGCUGAAUGUCAAGGCCCACUUCCUAAACAGGCUGCCUAGUCUGAGUCAGUUGGUAGACACCUUGACACAUCUUAAUGCAUCCUUCAAUGACUUCUGGGUCUUUCCACCAGAGAUAUUGGAACUGAAGAUGCUUGUAUCCCUCAAACUUCGAAACAACCCAAUCAAAGCAAUUCCAAAUGCAGGUAUUGGCAAUUUAUCACAGUUAAAAGUGUUUGAGAUGUCUUUCAAUUUACUGACAAGUCUUCCAGCAAGUUUGUUUGAGUUAAAAGACUUGGAACUGCUAGACCUGUCGUAUAACCGACUAUCCUUCAUUCCUGCUGAUAUAGGGAAAUUAAGAGCACUACGUGAGUUGAACCUUGAGGGGAAUCAGCUCGGAGCCAUGCCAAUCAGUACUCUCUUCUUACCGCUCAAGUACUUCAGGAUCAGUAAUAACUUCAUUCACCCACUCUUCUGGAGAGAGACAGCAAGUAACCAACCACAGAGACUAUUAGAUUUGUGUGCACUCAAUGUAGCAAGACACGAUCAAGACAUUGCAGCUAUGAUUGCACUCCCUGAAACAUUGAAAAAAUUAUUAAACAUGCCUGACAAAUGCGAUUGCUGUGGAGGGGCAAAGUUUGGCGAAGGUUUGCGUGUGAUUAAAGGACUCGACGAGGUGUUUGGCGUAAAGAACCUCCCUUUUCUCUUUUCCUCGUGCUCUCAGUAUUGCCGAAAAAAGUUCGUGAAGAACAAGGAUGGCUUAGCACUCUGGUUAUUCCGCAAUGGCAUAACUAUAACCAAGAAUGAAUAAAAAUGGAUGUCACAUUA